AUGACCACCGAGGGCCCAAGAAUCGAGAAGCAAGAAGGAUCCGACCGUUCGAGAUCACCUUCAGUGGAGUCCGACAACUCCAAUUUCUCUCGAGGAAACAACAAGAGUAACCACAAUGCAACCCACCUACGACCCACAUUACAAGGCACAAGUCGGUCAGUUUCUUCAUCCAACAUAUCGGUGAAUACAUCGAGUCUUACACCUCAUCGAAAACCUCAUCCAUCAAGACUUAAAUCACACAACAGGUCUUUGUCGCAUAACAAAUUGCUCAACAAGUUGUCAACAUCCACCGCACCAGCAACUACCAGACCAAAUUUGAAUCGAUCUAAAUCCACUGAUGGAUUGACAAAAGGUGGGAGACAUACUGCUACGAUAAAGAGAAAUAACAGGUCGUUCACGAAAAUCACUGGUUUGCAACCUUUGACAAAGACCAUUUCGAAUCAAUCAGUUAAAUCAAAUAAAUCAAACUCAUCGCUUAAAGGGUUAAGUGGAGCAGCUACAACAGGUGGAAUCAAACCCAUGGCGCGCAAAGGAAAGGCAACUUUGAAUUUGGAUGACGAUGAUAAAGAAUAUGAAGAUGUUGAUGAACCACCUGACGAAAGUGAUGAUGUGGUUGCUCCUCGGCCAGAGAGGUUUGACAGUCAGGAAACCGUUUCUACCACGCAGCUGGAUUCUGAUCAAAACAUACCGAGUCUUUAUGAACAAAUCAAUAGGAUACUUCCUGACCCGACUCCUCAAAACGACGUCGUGUACAACAACGGUCCCAAGUUAGAUGUCGUGGAUGAAGGCAAGCCACUUGAUGGCAAUGUAGCCCCAAGCAAAAAUGAGCCAAAGAGACCUGAUCUUGUAUCAUCGGUGCAGAGUUCCACUGAAGAUGUGACUCAAAGCAACAACCUUUACGGAAGCUCCUUACUUCUCUCCCAAUCAACAGGAAUAGUCAGAAAAAUCGAACCAGUGAGUGCAAAGGUGACUGAGGUUUAUUCAAAUAAACAUGAUCCAAAUGUUCCACAACAGCCUGAGUCAGUUAGUGGGAUCUCAUUCAAAGCUAACCCAAUGGAAGCAGUCAACAGCAACAUUGCCAAACCGGUGACUACAAACCAAAACGUGAGUCAGAAAAACUCCUAUCAACCAGAUCAAACCAUUUUCACCAAUUUGCAAAGAACGAAUAAUCAAUACAUGCAAAAUAAACAAGGUGGUGAGCGUGUUCCCGAAACGCGUCCCAUACAAAACAACAAAAAUGCAAAUCCCUUGAAUAAUGGUGCAAACAACUAUAACGAGUUUCUUCGAAGUACAUCUUCAUCGACUGACCUGCUGCAUGGUCCUUCGAAGAACAUCGAAACCAGAACACAGCAAAAAUUAUGGUUGCAAAGAGAGAGUUCACUUUUGGAUGUCACAAACAUGGACCCAGCAAGAAGGUCCAACUUUUCUAACCUAUCAUUAAAUAACCUAAUGUUUUCGCACAAUUACAAUCAAAGUAAUUCGAGUGGACAAUGGCCAAGUAAUCCAAAUUCAUAUCAAAGCCAGCACGGUAUAUCAUCAACGAUAGUGCCGUUAACUCCUGUAACUCCUGGAAAUGUUCAGGGCGUACCUGGAUUCAGUAGUGGGAUGUUAACUCCAGAUAGAGGUGGAUCAACAGUUAAUGUAAAUGGCUUGCUUCACAUGGUACAAAAUGCUCAUCAAAAUUCAAUUCAGUCAAGAACAGAAUUUGAAAGGCUCAACAGGGAGUAUUUAAACGUAAGAAGGCAUUUAAACCCUGUUGGUGAAAGUUUAAACAGAAUUCAGAAUUUAAUUGGUGAUGACAGCGAAAUUAAAGUUGCAAAGUCGAAAAAGCGUCCCGACAGUGGCAAUCCCAAUGCAAAUACAUUCAAGGAGUAUGCUCCUUCUUUUCAAACGAAGCAAGCAGAGACGAUGGGAUCGGUUAACAAGAUAUGGCAGGAUGCCAUUUUGUCGACCUUGACCUCUUCUAGAACAGGAUCGUACUCACAAGAGAAUAUAACGAAUCAACAGCUGCAACCAUCUGUUCAUCGAAUGUCGUCCUUUGGUCAAAGCUCACCCUACAAUAAGCACGGCCAGCAUUCGUCUGGUCGAGCUGUCAAGCUUGCUCAAAGCCAAUCACACAAUGGUUGA